UAUAUAAGAGCCAUCAUUGUACUAUUUUCAUCAUCUUUUAUCAAAUAUGAAUCCUUAUGAUUUUUACUAUCUUGAAGACUUUCUAAAGUUUUCUCCAUUUUCUCCAAACCAUGGAAAUCUUAACAUGGUAUCAUCGCCUCGGUUUCGAUCAUCGAGAAUCCGUCCCGCUUCCGCCAUUGUACCGAUACCGGAGAAUCCCUCCAUUGCUUACCACAAAGAAAUUUACACUGUACUUUUUGAUCCACCUUCAUUUCUAAUGGUUCACUCCAUUUAUUGUCACUUGUGGAAGAAAUCGAAGAUGGAGAAGAAAUUCUUGCCACUUCCACCACUUCGAAAAUCACCACAAGAAUCUUCAAUUCAUGUUCAAGAACUUUUGAGUGAUUCAAUUCCAGAGGCAGAGGGGGAGAUUUCAUCACCAUCUACCUCUGUUCUUGUUUCAUCUACCAGCAUCGAAUCCGCGUUUUCCGCUUCAGAAGAAAAUGAGAAAUUGAAGAAUCUGGAUCUGUUGAAUCAAGAGGCGAAGGUAGAAGAAAAAUUGCAGAAAUUCAAGCCACAAACAUCGAAUCAUAAGUUGUUAUCUGAAAUUUCUUUUUCUGCAAUUGAUCGUUUCGUCGACGUCUUCAUCGAACAAGAUCUGGUUUCGCCAAGAUUGGAAUCAAUUGAACACAGUCUUGCCAUCAUUGUAGAGGUAUUGGAAUCUCGCAAUUCAAUUUUUCCCGUUUCUGCUGCAAAUCACUUUGAGCAUCUCGAUCUCUAUGGUAUUCUCGACACUGUUUUUGAUCCCGGCGGUGUGGUUACGCCUCUCUCUGUAAAGCUACUUUAUGGUGCGAUGAUAUUCGUCUCACCGUCAACCUUUGGUUUGCUCAUCGUGUUCGUUGUUGAAUUUUCCGUUGAAUUCAUCGUCCUUGUUUUCGAUCCCGGCGGGAAUCGUCACCGAUCACAGUUAAAGUCUCUAACUACUAUCCUCACUUCAGAAGAAAAGCACACACAGGUCAGUGAUUCAGAAUCUCCAUCGUCCUUCAUUGACUCUGAACUCAAACUGGCUUCUGAACUCAAGUUUGCUUCACAACUCAAUCUGGCCUCUGGUAUACCUUCUGAUACAACUUCAAACUUUUGCAUCUAUCAUCCGUAAUUGGAUUUUAUUGUAGUCUUGAGUUUGAAAUUUCAUCCAUGUUUUGGAAUUUUUUUGGGAGCAGCUCUAAGAAUUGAAAUAGUUGAUGAUAUUUGUUGAAGUUGAUUAAUCAGUUUUGGUUCUGUUUGGCGCUUGGUUUUUUUUUUUUCAAACUCAUACCAAGGAUUCUCUUGCUAUGAGUUUAAGGGAGGCUAUUACAAUAUAGAAGUUAGUUCUACAACAUUGUUCAAGUUUUGUUCUGAAGGUUUAUAGAGUUGAAGCGUUAUCAGGUUCUGAAUGUUUUUGGUCAAUCAAAUGGUUGUUGAAGGUUUGGCUUUUGUAUCACUGUUAUUGAUACUUUUGGUUGCAUACAAGUGGCAGCACCAAUUGUAGAGUAAAAUUUGUUUGAAUUUACUACUUUCCAAUGUGGAUUUUAGCUUACUGGUGUUGGAUUGUUAGAUGUGUUUGAGAGGAAUUCAAUUUGGAGCAGCAGAUUUUAGUGAUUGGCAAUUUAAUUUGAAGCCUCAAACUCUCUGUUUCAUUGCUUGAGGACAUUAGAGAUAUUAUUGGAAUGAAGGGCUCUUGGUUAGAGUUUGUUGAUUAUUUUGUAAUGAUCUCAAGCUUGUUCUAGAGGCAAAUUCAUAUUAUGAUGGAAUGCCCCUACUACUUCUUUGGUUUAUUUUGUUGGCUAAGAAUUGUGCACAAGCUGCCAUGAAUUGCUACUGUUGCAGUUUAUUUUGUGAGGUUACUGAGAUAUGCCAAAACCUUGUUACUGCUAUUAAGGUUUAGGAGAAUGAUGAAGCUUGGAUUCUUUUCAUGUUUGAGCCCUGGAUCGCAUGGUUGGAUUCCUAUUGGACGUGGGUCUCAUGUUUGAUGCAAUAGAAUUUUAGUUUGUAUUUUCAUUGUGAUUCAAACUCAAAUUGGAAAAUUUUCCAAUGUUGAGUUUGAGGGAGGAUGUUAAGAAUAAUGGUGAUUAGUUAGUAGUUUCUAUUAGUUAGUUAGAGUUUAUAUGAGUUUGUUAUAGUUUGUUAUU